AUGGCAUCUCGUCCAAGUCCAGCUUCACAAGGCCCGGCUAUGCUGGACGUACUGGAUAGUGAACAUCGGGUUAUGCUCGAAAAAGCUGUGAGGAAUGUCCUGAGCACGGAGGUUGCCGAGCUCGUAUACGCUCAGAUUCUUGAUGGACUUCCUGCUGAAAAGUCUCUGAGAGACAGUUCUGACUUUGUCAAAGAUCACCCCGUUCAUAGCCUUAAUCACGCCGAAAUUUGCCCCGGAUAUGUAGACAAAGCCCGAGAGUUCAGAAAUCAGUUUGACCUAUCGCAACUACAAUUAGACUCCAAGACAAUCAAAGCCUUCGCAGAUACAGUGCCUGGAUCAGAAGCGUUCAAACUUCGAUUGAUCGAAGUCGUUGCCGUUGCUUGUCAUCAGAUCGGCGCUUUUCUCUUUAACCUCGAUGAUGCUGCUCACAAGCACAAAUUGUAUGAAGACUGGAGACAAAGCGUCCUCGAAGAAAAGGAACGUGGGGUCGAAUCAAGGCGAUACUACGAUCCUCCUCCCAUCGCCUUUUGUCACCGAGCAUAUCGAUAUCCUGAGCAAUAUCCAAAAGGUACGGCUGAUGUUGCUGGCUAUUGGGCUGAGUCCAAGAUCCUCGGCGGCGUUAUUGUAUUCGAUCGUGGUGAGACUGAACAAGGGUGCAAUGCCAUGUGGAUCCAUGGCGACUUGAUCAGAGGCCCAAGAACUCUUUAUCCACCGACCCAAGAACAAUUCGACGCCUUGAUCAAAUUCCUCACUAUUCCAUUCGAGGAAAGCCCAACAUGUCCGUUUCCUAUUCAUGGAUCAAGCGCCAACAGACCACGAUGGCAUCCAUACCAUGCACUUGCAUAUUAUCACAUCUUCCGCGAUAAGUAUGAGAGGAGGCUCCCGCCAAACCCGCCUCAGCCAGGCUGCGUUGAGGACGGGACGGACUGGCCAGAACUUGAUGAUCGGCGACUUCUUCUCCUAGGAGGACUUACUAAUCCUCAAGGCGAGCCUUACGUCAACGAUGAUGAGUAUGCCGCGGCUACAGAGAGGAUUAAAAACAUAACGCCUUCAUCGCCUCUUUGGCGGCAGUCUGAGAUCUAA